UAAAUAAAGCUCGAAAGAAGAACUGCAUGAAGAAGGAGGAAAUGAUUGGUGUGGAGGGAGAUUCAAAUGAAGAUGGAUGAUAUAAUAAAUAUGAUAUAAUAUAAUCGUGCAGCUUAUCUUCAGAUAGAGACAGUGUGAGUGUGUUUUGUAGGGAGGACCUGACGCUGCUGAGGAUCGUUUCUGACCGGACAGAAUCAGGAUGAGUUCCUCCUCCCUCCUCUCUCCUCCCUCCUCUCCUCCCCCUGCCCCCUUCCCCCUCUCUGUCCCUUCCUCCUCUCUGACUUGCUGUCCUGAACUCGACCUGUCCGUCACACUUAGCCCCGCCCCCAAGACCUGCCACACAAAAAUAAAGCCUCGCCCACUGAAGAAGAGUCAUCAGAGUGACCAAUCAGAGUUGAAGUCCCGCCCCCGAGGACAGACAGGAAGAAAGGUGUGUUUUGAAGAGCCAGUUGUUGUUACAGUAACACCGGAGCCUCACAUGACUCUGAGCAGAGACAGCCAGCUUCAGCAGCCAGUCAGAGCUCAGAGAAGGAGCAGAGGACGUCACCAUGGUGGAGCGCCCAAACAGCAGGUUCCUGCUGCAGCAUCCAAUCAAGAUCCAGACUGUAUGGAGAGGGUGGAGCUAAACACCACUUUGGCUCUGAAGGCGGAGCUUCAGUCACUGCAGGAGGCAGAGUUUAACUCCCAGAAGGCUGUUCAGGAGACUUUACAGAGGUCAGAGAGGACAAAAAACCUGAUUAACACCAGGGCUACUGAAGUGGUAAAUGUCUCUCGCUCUCAGCUUCUCUUCACCUCAUUGGUCAGCGUUGAUGUGCAGGAGGAUGAGCUGAUAAGCCAGGUGUUGCAGGAUAGGCUGCUGCUUGCUCCACCUAUCCAAUGCCAUGGCAACAAGACAGUAGAUGGCCCUUCCCCUCUCAUCUUCAUGACCCCUGACCUCCUCAGACAGAAGCCCCUCCCACCAGAGGAGGAGCCAGAAUAUGUCCAGCCCCGCCCAUUACAUUACCAUGCCCACUCUACCUUCGAUCUCUACAGACAACAGAGACGCUGUGAGGCCACACCCUGACAGUCACGGUUGUGAUUGGGUGGAGUUACUGUUGCUCUUAUUGGUUAGGCUGUGUGAUGAUAUUGAUAAUAAUAAUAAUUAUCUAAUGAUUUUGAAAUUAUCAAUGUAAACUGAAAGCUGAAGCUACAUUUUGUUUUGUUUUUUACAAUAAAAUCUUUUUAAAUAUUCA